AGAUUUAUGUUAAAAACAAACAGCAAGAAAAAGUUUUGCACUCUACAUACUUUGUGCAAGUUUUUUUCAUUCAUUUACUGCACACUCCUCCCUGUCACAAAAAGAAAACCACAUUUGUGACAUCAAGAACAGCAACUCCCGCUCAUCUGCCAAGCCAUACCCGUUGUGGCGUUGUUUCAUCUGUAAAGCGAACAUGCCUCCGAAAAAUUCCAUAAAUGGGUUUGCCCUUUUUAUGAACGACCAAAGAGAUGUUUUGAAGCGCCAAGGUGCCAACUGUGGUGGUCAAGCUCUCGCUAUGACGUGUGGACCGCUGUGGAAGGCGCUGCCUGAUGGUGUGAGGAAGGAAUAUGAGAGAAAAGCUAAGGAAAUAAAGGCAAGGCAAAAAGGUUCAGAUGGUGACAUGGGCCGUCUUGAUUGUGUGGGAAAUAUAAUUGGGUUACAUAAAGAUCCUGCUGAAGAGGCCAGGAUGAGGCGGAAGAGAGAUCGAGAACAGACUGUUUCUGAGUGGAAAGGCAAAGAUUUGACAAAAGAACUGUUUUAUUUGGUCAACUUUCAAGACUUGUGUGAGCUAACAGAUGGAGACAACACAGUUGAAAGGGAGUGGCUACCGCGUGAAGGAGCCGUAUUGGAGUUUUCACUGGAACAGGGCAUCAUCAGGCACUGGCACAGGUUCAUCUGCCCAGGUCCUAUUCCAAAAGGGUACAAAUAUACAUGUAUGCAGAAAUCAGAACAGUCACACAAAAUCCCAAUAGAAGAUUUUGAGCAAGACUGCAAUAACUAUUCCUUGAUGUGGAAAGAAAUAAAGCAGCUGAUGAAGAAUAGUCGACAAAAGGAUGUCUACCCACCAUUGUAUUGUCUUGCUUCAGAAUACCAAAAGAACAAGUAUCUGAUGGACUGGAUGUGGCAGAUGGGCGAUGAGGGCUCAGCACCUGACAAUCCUUUGGGCAAUGUCUAUUCCUUGGAGGAUCUGGUGGUCGAUCUUAUUAGCCACUCUGGGUUCUCAGACUCUGUGGCCUCUUGUCAGAUAACUGCAAAACUUGACGGCUACUUCUGGGAUUAUAUUCCAGGCACUCAAUGUUCAUGGCAUGAAGAGCAGGACACCAAACACUGUGCUUUAGGCUUUGUUCGGCGAUAUGCGUACACAAUUUCCGACAUUGUAGCACAGCUGUAUGGUAUCACACUGACAGAGAAGCAUGUGCCCACUCGCUCCAACAUUGAGCCUGUCGGCAUCAUUCUACCUCCAGAUGCUGUUCCAGUCUCCAGAGCUUGGGAACAGCGAAGACAAGCUGCGCAGAGGAGUAAUAGAAAGGUUCAGAGUUCUCAGCCAAGCAAAGCAUCACCACCAAAUGCAGGUUCAGACGAAGAAGGGGACUUUUCAAAACCAAGUCCUGAUACUAUGGAGAAACUGCGCGCUCCUGUUAUGUCCAGCUUGAUGGUAGGUCCCCAACGAGGGAAGCCAUAUGGAUACGAGCCACCACCUCUGCCCCCCUCACAGGAUCUGGCUGAUGAUGACUGGCCUGAACUAGCUGGAGCCAGCAAGUUGGCAGCUUCAUCUCAGAGGCAAGAGGAUAUGCUUGUUCAGAAAAGCAGCUUAGGAAGCACCACAGAUGCGAGAAAAAUUGCGUCAGUGUGGGGAUCCUCCUCUAGCAUGUCUGCAACUGUUACACCACCUCCAGGUUUUGAUGCUCUGCCUGGAUUUGGUGUCAGACCUAUAGGCAGGGGAGCUGGAUUAGCACCAAGAGGGAGAGGAGCUCCACCACCACCUGUUGGUAGAGGGAGAGCACUGCCUCUUAGUGCAGAUGCUUGGGUGCCGCCUGUUGGUAGAGGCACAACACCAUGGCUGGCGGCAGGGAGAGGGAUGGCACCAUCACCGUUUGGCAGAGAUUAUACCUCGAGUGGAGAUGGUCAGGCUAGAUGACAGUGAGAGAUGCCUGCCAUCUGUUCUUAAAAUGUUGCAUUCAGACCAGGCCAGAAGCUGCAGCUCGCAAGUGUGGUACACAGUUGGGGUGCCUAUGCUCUUGGAGAAUGGUGGUAGUACAAGUGGAGCCCUUGAUAUGUUGCAAAUGUGGCCAUGUUACUUUUAAUCAAGAGUGAAAAUCUUGGCCUUAUUUUUCUCCACUCCUAUCAGACAGCAAGUUUAACUGAAAGUUUUCAUUUUACUUUUUGUUUUAAAAGAUAUUAAAUUUCACAACUGAGAAU